AUUCCACGAAUCCGCGGUAGUCGUACACAUACUACGUAAUUUACAUUGUAACGAUCUCAAAUGAUGUCUAGAGACUCAGAUAAAUAAAUAAAAUUAUUGCGAGAAAUAAAGUUGAAAUAAAAAUAUAGUUAUGGAUAAAAUAUUAUUUCGAUUAAUAUUGGAUUGUCUUUAAUCUGUGUUAUAUUUGUGGUCACUAUAAACACAUGACAAUUCGUGGAACAUAUGAUGUAGAAAUAUUUUUUUCUUUGUUUGUUGACCACCACAGUAGAUGAAUACGGCGCUCCAAAACGACCUACACACACUUAUAAAACAUUAACUGUGAUCAAGUUAGUAAUUCAUUGUAAUUGCCAUACAAAAUAAAUUGAAAAUAAAACUUUUUAAAAUAUUUAUUCAUAAUUAUAUAAAAUUUUUAAAACUUUAUUUAUUUUCAAAAGAUCUGAUCUAAAUAAUGCCACGGCGUAGAAACAAGCAGGCGAAGUUAAAAAUUGGUGAAGACACUAAAAUAGCUGUGCAUUUAACGAUAAGGAAAUUAUUGGAGUCUCCAGAUCAAAAAGAAUUGGAAUUUCCAUCAUCAUAUACAUGUGAAGAACGAGCAUACAUACAUCAUAUGGUUGUAAAACUUGGAUUGAAGUCAAAAAGCAGAGGAAAAGGAGCAAAUCGUUUUCUCACUGUAUAUAAAAGAGAAGGAUCAAAUAUAAUUCAAUCUGAUCCAUUAUUACAAGUUCAGAAGUCUUCAAAACAAUGCAUUUAUAAUUUACUUCAAAAAUUUCCUCUCAAUAAUAAAGAACGUCAAGAUCUGCUUCCUCCAACAGAACGUGAAAGAACUAUAGACAAUGAAGUAGUUACGAGUGCAAAAGCAAUGGGUCGAUUGAAUAAUAGUAUACCUCAAGUUCCUCAAUUACGAACAAAUCAAGACGUAGUACAAUUCCGUAAGUCUUUACCAAUUUAUAGUAGUCGAGAAAAAAUACUUCAGGCAAUAUCUUCAUAUCAAGUAGUCGUUAUUGCUGGAGAAACUGGCUGUGGAAAAACUACUCAAGUUCCACAAUACAUACUUGAACACUGUCAGCAAAAAAAUCAAGUUUGUCGAAUUAUUUGUACUCAACCACGAAGAUUAUCAGCUGUUUCAAUGGCUGAGAGGGUGGCCUUUGAAAGAGAUGAAAAAAUUGGCCAAACUUUUGGUUAUCAAAUACGAUUAGAAAGUAGAGUUGCUCCAAAAACUAUACUAACAUAUUGUACUAAUGGAGUUUUAUUGCGCACUCUAAUGGGUGGUGAUUCUGCUUUAGCAACAAUAACUCAUAUUAUAGUGGAUGAAGUCCAUGAACGUGAUAGAUUUUGUGAUUUUCUUCUAAUCGCUUUAAAAGAAGCUUUAGUUAAGUACGGACCUCUAAAAUUAAUUCUAAUGAGUGCGACUAUGAAUUCAAAUAUAUUUGUUAAAUACUUUAAUCAAUGUACAUCAAUUAACAUAUCUGGAAGAUGUUUCGAUGUUGAUGUUUAUUAUCUUCAAGAUAUUUUAAGGAUGACAGGUUACAUGACAAAAAAAAUAGCUACUAAAAAAAAGGAGUUGAUGAAUAAAAAAGAAAAACGAAAAAUUUUAGAAUCUUGGACUGAGUUCAUACCUAAACCAAUUUGCAGCAAAAAUUCUAAAAAUAAGAAUACACGACCAUCACCAAUAUUAGGUCAACAGGCUGAACCAGUACCUGAAAAGGUCGAGCUUGAACCAUGGCUACAAGAAGAAAUGGAUAAUAGUAUUUCUGAUGCCUGGUUACACGGUGGAGAAGAUCACUUUUCUCAACUUCUUCAUUUAAUUCUUUCUGAAAAUAUCUCAGUAGAUUAUCAACAUUCUAGCACUAUGGUUACACCUUUAAUGGUUGCUGCUGGACGAGGAUGUUUAAAUACUACUGAACAACUUUUAAAUCUUGGAGCUAAUUUAAAUAUUCGAGCUAGUAAUGAAUGGACAGCACUUGAUUGGGCUGUCAACAUGAACCAAAUUGAGUGUUCUGAAUUAAUUCAAGCAUAUAUGAAAACUUACAACUGCUCUGUAGAAGACCGAGAAGUUGUUCAAUCUGGAGAUGUUUCUUUGUCAGAAGAUGAUAAAAUACUUUUAGAUAUUUAUCAUAGUACAUUUAAUGAUGAUAAUGUUGACUACAACUUGUUACUUACUCUAAUUGUUCACAUUCAUACACUGAUGCCACCUGGAUCUAUACUUGUAUUUUUACCUGGUUAUGAUGACAUCGUCAUGAUGAAAGACAGAAUACUUUCAGAAGAAAAGAAAAUGAAUACUGGAUUGAGAUAUAAUUUAUUUGUUCUUCAUUCAAAUAUGCAAACGUGUGAUCAAAAGCGAAUAUUCCGGCCAAGUCCCCAAGGAACAAGAAAAAUAAUUUUAUCAACGAAUAUCGCUGAAACUAGUAUUACUAUUGACGAUGUUGUCUACGUUAUUGAUUGCGGGAAAAUCAAAGAAAAAGCUUUUGAUGCACUUUCAGGAAUAUGCAGUUUAAAAACUAAUUGGAUAUCUCAAGCAUGUGCAAAACAACGAAAAGGAAGAGCCGGCAGAUGUCAACAAGGAAUAUGCUAUCGUUUAUAUUCACCAGUGCGUUUCAAUAGUAUGCAACCCAAUCAGACACCAGAAAUCUUACGACUACCUCUACAAGAGCUGUGCUUAUUUACUAAACAUUUGGCUCCAGGCAAUACUCCAAUCGCUGAAUUUUUAGAUAAAGCAUUAGAACCUCCUUCCAAUAUGAUAACUAGAAAUGCUGUACAAUUAUUGAAAUCUAUUGACGCUUUAAACGCUUGGGAAGACUUAACUGAGCUUGGCACACAUCUUUUAGAUCUUCCAGUAGAACCAAGACUAGGAAAAAUGUUACUUUAUGCUGUGGUUCUCAAGUGUCUUGAUCCAAUUUUAACUAUAGUUUGUAGUUUGGCCUAUAAAGAUCCAUUUAUUCUUCCUCAUCAACCCUGUCAAAAGCGUGCAGUAUCUCUGGUGAGGAAAAAAUUCGCUGCAGAUACUUAUUCUGAUCAUAUGGUAGUAUUGAGAGCUUUCCAAGGUUGGCAACAAGCACGCGCAAGUGGCUGGGAACGUCAAUUUUGUGAAAAACAUUUUAUCUCCUCAGCAGUUAUGGAAAUGAUAGUUGGAAUGAGGACUCAGAUGCUUGGACAGUUGCGAGCGUCAGGUUUUGUGCGUGCUAGAGGGUCAGGUGAUAUUAGAGACCUAAAUCAAAAUUCAGAAAAUUGGGCUGUGGUUAAAGCCGCUCUAACUGCUGGCCUCUAUCCGAAUUUAAUCCGAGUAGACAAAGAAUGUGGUCAAUUACGGUCGCAAAAAGAAUCUAAGAUAUUAUUUCAUCCUUCAUCAACGUUGAGAGAUUUUUCAAAAUCAUCCAAAACUAAUUUAUCACAAUUACACAGUGCCUGUGUUAAAUCUUUACCUUCUGAUUGGUUAGUUUAUGAGGAAAUGAGUCGAUGUGGAAGAUUUUGUCAUGCUAAAACUGUUACUCUAGUCAAUCCUAUGACUAUUGCGCUAUUUAGUGGACCUGCUAGAUUACCAAUGGAUGUAAUCUACGAAGCAGAAUCAAUACCAGAAAGUGAAUCUGAUUCUGAAGUAGAAGAAAGUCGAGAAGGUAUUACCUUUUUGAAGCUUGAUGACUGGAUUUCUUUUAAACUAGAUUACGAAACAGUCCAGUUGGUUCUGCAUCUACGUCAAAAGUGGAAUGCAUUAUUUUUGAGACGAAUGAAAACUCCUAACCGAACAAUGUCUCAAUUAGAUGAACUUGUGAUAAAGACGAUUGUCAAUGUGAUUACUAACGAAGAGCAAGCAUGUGAUCUUCAGCAACCGUCCGGUAUUGGUCAACGUCCACGGCCACUUAUCGUUGACUUUUAUCCAGCAAAUACAAGAAGGUCAGACGAUAGUGAAGAUGCAAAUUAAUUGAUAAAAUUUAAAUACAUCGAUCUUUAUCAUUAUCUGCCAAUGAUAAAGAACAUCAUUUUUUUGUCUUUUCAGAUAAUCUUUUAAAACAAUACGCAAUAACAUAGAAUACAAAAAUCUACGUAGGUCUUUUGUAUCUUCUUAAUCUUCUAAUUCCACUGAUAAAAAUAUUCAGUAAGAUAAUUAAUAAUAAAAAAAUUAUAUUUUAUAUGUAUCGAUUUGUAGUCUUAUUCUAAAUGGAUCUCAUAGAUCAUUAACAAAUGAUAUUAAUUUAAAAUUAGAUCACCAUACGUAAUCAAUCAUUUUUUCUCUAUACGGAAAAAACUUUUGAAUUAAUUGUAAGUAAAAAAUGACUAGUACACUUUCAAAAUAAUAGAAGUAUAAUAAUUUUGGAGUUAUCGUGAGUAAUUAUUAUACUAAGACACUUUCUAAGUAUCAAGUUUACCUACAAGUAUUCAAAAUUUAUUAUUAAUUAGAAAUAUUUUUACUUAUAAAUUUUGAAACGUGCACUUUUCAUUUUUUGCAUUUAUAUUUAGUGAAAACAUUUUUUCCGUAUUUUUAACAAAAUACGGAAAAAAUAUCUACGAUAAUUAGCUUUCAUACUAUGAAUUUUACCACAAAAUAUUUAUUUGCUUUUUUUUAUGUAUCAUUAGCUAAAACGUUCAGUAUUUUUUUUUUUUUAUUAUUUAAAAUCAGUUUUUUUUUUUCUAAUUGUAAUAUUAAAUAGUUCCGAAAAAUAAUAAAAGAGUUGUAGAAUAUGUAGAAAACAAAUGGUAGCAAAAAAUGGUUCAGUAACAUCAUAAUCAUCUCUUUAAAAUGUAUUCUUUGUGUGUAAUAAAUUGUACGAUUGUUAGAAUCGAAUUUCUUAUUAA